CAUGGGUGGGACCGUCAUACCCCUCGGUGGGGUGUGACACUUUUCUUCCGCCCAUUUAAAAACAUCUAUAUUGCAUUGUAGGUUGCUCAAGCGUUUGGAGUACUGACACUUCUAAAAACAAGUUUCUUUAUCAAUGGAUCCUGGACAGAGAAAAAAAAAAUCCUCGCACAACAGCUGAGACUUGUGAUAAGAAUGUCAGACGCCGUGAAAUAUAUCGCGAUAUGCCUGUAGCUGAAAAGAAUGCACUUUUGCUACAUCAGCGCUUGCAAAGAAGAGAGGCAACAACUAGGCGACUUCUUCCAAAUACAAAUUCAGUUAAUCCUGUUGAACCUACAUGUGUUAGUCAGGAUAAUGCUGAUGCUGGAUGCUCUUCUUCUAUUUCAAAAACUGUCACUGCAUGCGACGAUUUUACGGCGCCAAAUGUGCUUCAAAAGGGAAAAACUGUAGCCUACCCUUUCCGUGUUUUUGAAAAAGGUUCAACAUCGGGUGCCUCAAAUCAGUCACAUGCUCCAAGCUUUGAAAGGCUUUCAACUGCCGGUUAGUACAAACAUAAAACUUCGCCUAACUUGUUCCUUGUUUCUUUCUUUUUCCGUUUCUUAAAGUUGUUUGAUAUAUGCAGGUCAAGUAAAGAAUAAGAGAAAUAUGACUAAUAUUACUCAAUUACACUCUGAUUAUGUUUCGUUAAAAAAUGUAAACCCAUCAAUAUAGAUAC